AUGCACUGUGCCAUCCAGAAGGCAGAGGUGCUGGAUGGGGCUCAUCUGAUGCAGAUUCUCUGGCAGGAUGGCACGGAGUCCUUCUACCCUGCUGUAUGGCUGAGGGACAACUGCCAGUGCCCCCACUGCUACCUGGAUUCUGCAAAAGCACGGAAAUUUCUCGUGGAAUCUCUUGAUGUGAACAUUGGUAUUAAAGACUUGUCUUUUGACAGGAAAAGGGUUCUUAUCACAUGGCCAAGCGAACAUUACAGUGAAUUUGAAGCUGAUUGGCUGAAGAAGAGAUGCUUUUCACAGCAGGCCAGAGAGAAACUCCAAAGAGAAUUGUUUUUUCCAGAAUGUCAGUACUGGGGCUCAGAACUCCAGCUACCUACUCUGGAUUUUCAAGAUGUUUUAAAAAAUGAUGAACAUGCGUACAAGUGGCUCUCCAGCCUCAAGAAAGUAGGCAUAGUGCGACUCACUGGAGCAUCUGACAAACGAGGAGAAGUUGUCAAACUUGGGAAAAGGAUUGGUUUCCUUUACCUCACAUUUUAUGGACAUACUUGGCAAGUGCAAGACAAAAUCGAUGCAAACAACGUGGCUUACACAACUGGGAAGCUCAGCUUUCACACUGAUUACCCAGCGCUCCAUCACCCACCUGGGGUUCAGCUUCUGCACUGUAUAAAACAAACAGUCACCGGGGGUGAUUCAGAAAUUGUAGAUGGAUUUAACGUAUGCCAAAAGCUCAAGGAAAAAAACCCUCGGGCAUUCCAACUUUUGUCCUCUACCUUUGUGGACUUCACAGACAUUGGAGUGGAUUACUGCGAUUUCUCUGUGCAAUCCAAACACAAAAUUAUAGAAUUAGAUGAUAAAGGCCAAGUGAUUCGAAUCAACUUCAAUAAUGCAACGAGAGACACGAUAUUCGAUGUGCCUGUUGAAAAGGUUCAGCCUUUUUAUGCUGCUCUGAAAGAGUUUGUGGACCUCAUGAACUGUAAAGAAUCCAAGUUCACUUUUAAGAUGAAUCCAGGUGAUGUGAUUACUUUUGAUAACUGGCGCUUACUGCAUGGCCGCCGCAGCUACGAAGCUGGGACUGAGAUAUCCCGCCAUCUAGAAGGAGCUUACGCCGACUGGGAUGUGGUCAUGUCAAGGCUUCGCAUCUUAAGGCGGAGUGUCCAGAACAGAAACUGA